CUUUUUUAUUUAAAGAUGGUGGAGCCAGGACAAGACUUGUUGCUUGCUGCUUUGAGUGAAAGUGGAAUUAGUCCAAAUGAUCUUUUUGAUAUUGAUAGUGGAGAUCCAGGCCUUGCAACCCCAACACCCACUCCACCUGUUCAGCAGUCAGUGCCACUUAGUGCAUUAGAACUAGGCUUGGACACUGAGGCAACAGUUCCUGUUAAACAAGAACCAGAGACUGUAUCUACUCCAGCACUAUUAAAUGUUAGGCCACAACCACCAUCUACUACAACUUUUGUACUUAAUCAGAUAAAUCAGCUUCCAACUUUGGGAACCACAAUUGUAAUGACUAAAACCACACCAGUAACGACUACAAGGCAAACAAUAACUUUAACAAAAAUUAUCCAGACUAGCACAAACACACGACCUUCGGUUUCAGCACCAGCCGUCCGUAAUGCCUUGACCUCCACACCUUCAAAGGACCAGAUCCAGCUGAAAGAUCUGCUGAAAAAUAAUAGUCUUAAUGAACUCAUGAAACUGAAGCCGCCUGCUAACAUUGCUCAGCCAGUGGCAACAGCAGCCACUGAUGUCAGCAAUGGAACAGUCAAAAAAGAAGCUUCUAAUAAGGAAGUUGCACGAAUAUGGAUAAAUGAUAUAAAAAUGAGAAGUUUUUCUCCCACUAUGAAAGUACCAGUGGUUAAAGAUGAAGAAGAACCAGAGGAAGAAGAUGAAGAAGAAAUGGGCCAUGCAGAAACCUAUGCAGAGUAUAUGCCAAUAAAAUUGAAAAUUGGCCUUAGGCACCCUGAUGCAGUAGUGGAAACCAGCUCUUUAUCCAGUGUCACACCCCCUGAUGUUUGGUACAAAACAUCCAUAUCUGAAGAAAGCAUUGAUAAUGGCUGGUUGUCAGCAUUACAACUUGAAGCUAUCACAUAUGCAGCCCAGCAACAUGAAACAUUUCUACCUAAUGGAGAUCGAGCUGGAUUCUUGAUAGGUGAUGGUGCUGGUGUAGGAAAAGGGAGAACUAUAGCUGGAAUAAUUUAUGAGAAUUACCUUUUGAGUAGAAAAAGAGCAUUAUGGUUUAGUGUAUCAAAUGAUUUAAAAUAUGAUGCUGAAAGAGAUUUGAGGGACAUUGGAGCAAAAAACAUUUCGGUUCAUUCAUUAAAUAAGUUUAAAUAUGGAAAAAUUUCUUCCAAACAUAAUGGGAGUGUAAAAAAGGGCGUUAUUUUUGCUACCUAUUCUUCUCUCAUUGGUGAAAGUCAGUCUGGUGGUAAAUACAAAACAAGAUUAAAGCAGCUUCUACAUUGGUGUAGUGAUGACUUUGAUGGAGUGAUAGUAUUUGAUGAAUGCCACAAAGCCAAAAACUUAUGUCCUGUUGGUUCUUCCAAGCCGACCAAGACAGGCUUAGCUGUGCUGGAACUGCAGAACAAAUUGCCAAGAGCCAGAGUUGUUUAUGCUAGUGCCACUGGUGCUUCUGAACCAAGGAACAUGGCCUAUAUGAACAGACUUGGAAUAUGGGGUGAAGGAACUCCAUUUAGAGAAUUCAGUGAUUUCAUUCAAGCUGUAGAACGAAGAGGUGUCGGUGCCAUGGAAAUAGUUGCUAUGGAUAUGAAGCUGAGAGGCAUGUACAUCGCCAGGCAGUUGAGCUUUACUGGUGUGACCUUCAAAAUUGAAGAAGUUCUCCUUUCCCAGAGCUAUGUUAGAAUGUAUAAUAAAGCAGUGAAACUGUGGGUAAAUGCCAGAGAGAGAUUUCAGCAAGCAGCAGAUCUUAUAGAUGCAGAGCAGCGAAUGAAGAAAUCUAUGUGGGGACAGUUCUGGUCUGCUCAUCAGAGGUUUUUCAAAUACCUGUGUAUAGCAUCCAAAGUUAAGAGGGUCGUGCAGCUGGCACGAGAAGAAAUCAAGAAUGGAAAAUGUGUUGUAAUUGGUCUGCAGUCAACAGGAGAAGCUCGAACUUUAGAAGCCUUAGAAGAGGGUGGAGGAGAGUUAAAUGACUUUGUGUCAACAGCCAAAGGGGUAUUACAGUCACUCAUUGAAAAACACUUUCCAGCUCCAGACAGGAAAAAACUCUUUAGUUUGCUUGGAAUUGAUUUGACUGCUCAGAGUAACAACAGUUCACCCAGAGAUAGUCCUUGUAAGGAGAAUAAAGUCAAGAAACGAAAAGGAGAAGAAAUUAGCAGAGAGGCCAAAAAAGCACGGAAAGUUGGUGGCCUUACUGGAAGCAGUUCUGAUGAUAGUGGAAGUGAGUCCGAUGCCUCUGAUAAUGAAGAAAGUGACUAUGAGAGUUCAAAAAAUAUGAGUUCUGGAGAUGAUGAUGAUUUCAACCCAUUUCGGGACGAAUCUAGUGAAGAUGAUGAAGAUGAUCCUUGGUUAAUCAGAAAAGACCACAAGAAAAGCAAAGAGAAAAAAAAGAAAAAAAGUAUUGAUCCAGAUUCUAUUCAAAGUGCCUUAUUAGCGUCAGGUCUGGGAUCAAAACGACCAAGUUUUUCUUCUACAUCUCUUGUCACUACUCCUAAUAAUACACAAGCUAACAGUAAUAGUAACAGCAACAGCCUUGUAACAAGUCAGGAUGCUGUUGAAAGAGCCCAGCAGAUGAAGAAAGAUUUAUUAGACAAAUUGGAAAAAUUAGCUGAAGAUCUUCCUCCUAAUACAUUGGAUGAACUUAUUGAUGAGCUUGGUGGCCCAGAGAAUGUGGCAGAGAUGACUGGACGAAAGGGGAGAGUAGUAAGCAAUGAUGAUGGAAGCAUCUCUUAUGAGUCAAGGUCUGAAGCUGAUGUUCCAGUGGAAAUUCUGAAUAUAACAGAAAAGCAGAGAUUUAUGGAUGGGAAUAAGAAUAUUGCCAUUAUCUCAGAAGCUGCCAGUUCAGGUAUUUCAUUACAAGCAGAUCGACGAGCUAAAAAUCAAAGGCGAAGAGUACAUAUGACUUUGGAAUUGCCUUGGAGUGCUGAUAGGGCCAUUCAGCAAUUUGGAAGAACUCAUAGAUCAAACCAAGUUACUGCUCCAGAAUACGUAUUUCUGAUUUCUGAAUUGGCUGGAGAACAAAGAUUUGCAUCUAUAGUUGCUAAAAGACUAGAGAGUUUGGGGGCGCUCACACAUGGUGACCGAAGAGCAACAGAAUCUAGAGAUUUGAGCAGGUUCAACUUUGAUAACAAGUAUGGUAGAAAUGCUUUGGAAAUUGUUAUGAAAUCCAUUGUGAACCUCGAUUCCCCAAUGGUAUCACCACCUCCUGACUAUCCAGGAGAAUUCUUCAAAGAUGUCCGACAAGGAUUGAUAGGAGUGGGCCUUAUAAAUGUAGAAGACCGCUCUGGAAUUUUGACUCUUGAUAAAGAUUACAAUAAUAUUGGAAAAUUCCUAAAUCGUAUUUUGGGUAUGGAGGUCCACCAGCAGAAUGCCUUGUUUCAGUAUUUUUCAGACACACUUAAUGCAGUUAUACAAAAUGCCAAAAAGAAUGGUAGAUAUGAUAUGGGUAUUUUAGAUCUUGGUUCUGGAGAUGAGAAGGUGAGGAAAACAGAUGCUAAGAAAUUUCUAACUCCGGGAUAUUCAACCUCAGGCCAUGUUGAACUUUACACAAUCAGUGUAGAGAGAGGAAUGUCAUGGGAAGAAGCCACCAAGAUUUGGGCUGAACAGACAGGACCAGAUGAUGGCUUUUAUUUAUCGCUGCAAAUAAGAAAUAAUAAGAAAACUGCCAUCCUGGUGAAAGAAGUGAACCCUAAAAAGAAGCUUUUCUUAGUUUAUAGACCAAAUACUGGGAAACAGCUGAAAUUAGAGACUUUGGCUGAUCUGAAAAAGAAGUAUAAGAAGGUAGUUUCAGAUGAUGCCUUGGCUCACUGGUUAGAUCAGUAUAAUUCAUCUGCAGAUACAUGUACUCAUGCAUACUGGAGAGGCAAUUGCAAAAAAGCAAGUUUGGGAUUAGUUUGUGAAAUAGGUCUUCGAUGCCGCACCUAUUAUGUUUUAUGUGGUUCUGUGCUGAGUGUUUGGACAAAAGUUGAGGGAGUUCUAGCGUCUGUCAGUGGCACAAAUGUGAAGAUGCAGAUAGUUCGGCUACGAACUGAGGAUGGACAGCGAAUUGUGGGUUUGAUCAUUCCUGCAAAUUGUGUGUCUCCCCUUGUAAAUCUUCUGUCAACAUCAGACCAGUCCCAGCAACUCGCAGUUCAGCAGAAGCAGAUAUGGCAGCAGCAUCACCCACAGAGCAUCACCAAUUUGAACAACUUGUAAAGGAAUAGACUACAGGUUUUGACAUGGAUGUUUCUGGAAAAGCUAUCCAAGCAUAUCAUUUGCAUAAAAAUCAGGGACAGAUUCCAAAGAAUUUUUUCAGUUGCGCUCUCUCUGAUAAUAUUUUGAGAAUGAGGAGGUACCUGGAAAAGAUGGCCAAACUGAGACUCAGCGAUGCUGACGGUGGUGCAAAUGUCCUUCCCGACAUAGGCUUUUCCUCUAGUCCUACAGUACUUAACUUCCCAUUUGCUUUGACUUUGGGCAAGCCGGGGUGUCUU